CAGAAUCUAGCACCAGUUCAUCAAGUGAGCAAGCUCUCCAUGCCCAGAAAUAUAUUCCAAGAGAGAGAGUGUUCUACCAACCCUGUCUGGAGCAGACUUGCAGAAUGAGUGAAAACAACCAUGUCCAAGUGCAAGCUCUCCAUGCCCAGAAAUAUAUUCCAAGAGAGAGAGUGUUCUACCAACCCUAUCUGGAGCAAACUCACAGAAUGAGUGAAAACAACCAUGUCCAAGUGCUCAGCCAACUUGCUGCCUACCCCUAUGCUGUUUGGUACUAUCCACAGAUCCGGCAGAAUCUUCCUUUCCCACCAUUUUCCGACAUCUCCAGUCCCAUCAUCCCUGAGAAUUAUGAAAAAACUAAUGUCAUGCUGCAGUGGUGGUAA